GCUAGAAGAGAAGCUUUGAUCGUACUUGGAAAUACUUCCGCCUAUACCCUGAAAUCUUGUCAUCAACUUGUUUUGAUUUUUAGACACAGUCUUUUACACAGGUAAAAGUAUUGAUGCCCAUUAUUUUUUUUAUUUAGCGCCAUAGUUUGAAUGCAACAUCUAGUAGGCCUAAGUAUUUGGAGAUUUUUGGCCCAGUGUUUUCUGCAGAGAAGAGGGGUGAAGUGGCCUUAUUGACAAACCAUGGAUCCGCUGGACUUCCUUGAGUCGGACGAACUCCUGCGGUUCUUCCGCCGCCAUAAAACAGAAAUGUCCUGCAUGGAGGACCCGCACAUCUUUCUCUGCCAGCUCAAGGACCACGACCUGAUCGCAGACGACGCAUACAAGAAGGUGAGUCGCAUGAGGAGUAAAAAGAACAUUACGAAAGGCCUUUAUGACAUUCUGGACUUGUUGGAGAGAAAUCGAUCAAGCCACAUCAAAGUGUUCUGGAGCUGUGUCUUCAAAGAGCCCAUCUUGAACCAUUACCCCACCCUGCGAAUGCUGCGCAACAGCCUCAUGGACGGGUCUUUUCAUUUUGACAUACAACUGCCCGAGAAGGGGGAAAGUGAAGAGACAGACGAAGGGGAAUGGAAGGAGCUUUCAGAAGAUGAGGAGGGUGAGGAGAAGAAAGCAAACUCAGUAAAAAAGAAGAGAAAACUUAGAAGUAGUUCCGUGUGCUAUGAAGACGAGCAGGCCGGACCAUCGUCUCAGUUGACUCCAGGUCAGAGGAAGAAGUCCAAGAGAAUACGCUUCUCUUCUCCCCUGAAGAAGGGAGAGAACAACGCCAUUUGGAACUGGCCCCUGUAUAAGUUGCAGCUGCCUGUGACCUGUGGACGCCAGGAGGGAAUACUGGACAGAAACAGACUGGCUAAAGGGCAGAAGUGUAUUGUGGUCAAGAGACAGUGGUUUACUCCAACUGAAUUUGAGAAGUUUGCAGGGAAGGAGAGCUACAAGAACUGGAAGAUGAGCAUUCGGUGUAUGAAUACCCCGCUGGGAAAACUUAUAAAGGAAGGUCACCUGGAAUCAGUGAAGUACAAGGGAGGGUGUAAAAAGGCCAAGAAAUCACUGUUCCCAGCUGAUCGUUUAAUCACAGUGUCUGAGGGAGAGGAAGAUGAAGAUGAGGAGUGUGACCUGGACAAGGAAGACCAGGUUUCGUUAAGCAGCAGGGAAAGUUCGGCACAUGUCACAGAUGAGGAAGGAGAGGCGGAGGCACAGACUGAGGAGCAGCCAGAAGCCAGCCAUGACAGUAGCAAGAAGGUUUUCAAAGUUACAUGUGGAGCUGUAGCUGGGACCUUACACAAAAAACGAUUUGCCUCAGGGACUUGUGGGAAGAGUAUUCGUACUGAGACGAGCUGGAUGAGUCCAGCGGAGUUCACGAAGGAGGCGUCCUGUCAGACAGAUGCCACCUGGAGGAAAGACAUCAAGUGGGAAGGGAAACCACUCUGUGUCCUCAUAGAGGCAAAAGUCUUGAAGAUCCACUCACCGCUGUGUCCUUGCAGACUUUGCAAACCAGAUAGUAAAGACCUGGAGAAUCAGAAAAACGAUGACGAGUGCUGCAUCUGUAAAAGUGAAGAAGAAGAAGAAGAGCUGGUGGUGUGUGAUCAGUGCCCUCGCUCCUUCCACCAGAAAUGUCACCUGCCUCAUUUAGAAGACGACAUAAUAGGGGACGAUACACCAUGGAUGUGUACUUUCUGUGUAUUCAAAACCAAUCAAGAUUGCUAUUACUGGGAUGAGCUGGAAUGGGAAGCUGCCAUGUCUCGCCAAAUAUCACAACACAUGCUGGAAUGCCAGUAUCUCCUUCUGUGUCUGUGGAGUGCUGAUGAGGAGCAAACAUUUGCCAGAAACCCAAGCCUCUAUUUGAGAGACUACUCCACUGUGAUCAAGACUCCGAUGUGGCUGGGCAAUGUGGCAGACAAACUCCAGGAGCAGCUCUACAAGACUGUUGGAGAGUUUGUGUCCGAUGUCCAGCUCAUCUUCACCAACUGUGCUUCAUACAACCGGGAUAAUGCUGAAUUCUUGGCCAUGGGCAACAGACUGAAGGAGUUCUUCGAUGGAGAAUUAAAGAAAGUGUUACACAUCUGUUAAAAGACUUGACCGGUAAACAGUGUUCAGUUUUCAAACUCGGUAGCCACUGGGGAAGGUUAAUAUAUUGUUAUUGGGAAUUACAGCCUUGUGGUAUAUCAUAUUUUGUGACAUAUCCCUUGUGUCUAGUUAAAACAUCCCAAAAGAAAUAAUUGCUAAUCAAGAGAAAGCAAGGGACUUUGACUUGAAAUAAGUCAGACAUGUAACCAGUUUGACUUCUGUACUGUUUGCACCACAAAAUUUUAUUUGGAAAAUUAAGACGUUUUAACAUAUAGAGGACACACUCAAUAAAAACUUGUUUAUGGGUCUUGGGGAGAACUACUGCAUAUGUUCGAGCCUUUUGUUACUCCAGAGGGAGCUGCAUGAAAUCUGAUAAAUUGCCUCAAUUUUAUUUUACUACAAUGAAUUCAUGAAAUCAAUUUCCAUUUUUUGUUUUGUUUACUCACAAACGGUACAGUACAAACUACUAAAAACAACCCAUGGAUCUGUGUUUCUCUUCAGUAUAAGAGUUUGUACAAUGGAGCAAAAGUAUUUUAUAUGAAUUAUAAUAUUCAAUUUUUUUAUUAGUAAAACAUAAUUUCCUGUAUGUUGGUCCCAAAAUGUAUUUUAUUGCCAUAUGUUUAUCUGAUGUUUCACCACGUGUUUCAGGAAGGUUUCAAAAUGUAUAUAUAAUAAAUGUAUGUAUAUAAAAGUUCAAA